UGUAAAAGGGAAGUUGAAUAUGUUGGAACUGUCUCUCACUUCAAAUAAAUUCUAGUUCGAAAUUCAUUGAAUAUGUACAAAACUGAUUAUAAGCAAUGUUAUUUACAUUUUACAAGAUAUUUAUUAACAUAAUAGCAAUUUCUGUGAUGCCGUAAAUGAUAAAAUACUACUAGUAUUUCACGUUUUAGGCCUAAGUAUUUUCCAUGAUGGCUGCUUUCAUAUUUAGCUGGGUAUAUUUACGACGUGUUUUGAGUUUUCGAAAUAUUUCUACGUGUAUGCGUUUCUACUCAGGAAAUUUGAUUUCAUCUCGAAAUCAGAUUAAAAUAUUUGGUGUUCGAAAAUACGUAUCAGAUGUAAACAGCUUUACAUGGAGAACACAUACAUGUGGAGAAUUAAGAUCCGAACAUGUUGGUCAACAGGUGACCUUGUGUGGUUGGGUUCAGUUUCACAGGAUGGGAAAAUUUAUUACCCUUAGAGAUGGAUAUGGGGUCACCCAGUUGAUUAUUCCUGAAAAGUCUCCGGUAGGAUAUCUGAUGAAAAAUCUCAGCCUGGAAUCAGUAUUAAAAGUUGAGGGAACAGUGGUACAGAGACCAUUAGAAGAACAAAACAAGAAAAUGGCUACUGGAGAAAUAGAAGUUGAGGUAGUAACUGCUGAUGUUCUAGGAAAGAGUAAACCAAACCUUCCUUUUAACAUACGAGAUUUUCAGAAGGUGAAAGAAUCAUUGAGGCUCAUGUACAGAUACCUAGAUCUCAGGACUUCUAACCUCCAGAAAAAUCUAAGACUUAGAUCCAAUGUUACGAUGAAGAUGAGAGAAUUUUUGUGUAAACACCAUGGUUUUGUGGAUAUUGAAACACCUACAUUGUUCAGGAGAACUCCAGGAGGGGCUCAAGAAUUUGUUGUUCCAACUCACUCACCAGGGAAAUUCUACUCUCUGACACAGAGUCCUCAACAGUUUAAACAACUACUAAUGGUUGGGGCUCUAGACCGAUAUUUUCAAAUUGCUCAUUGUUAUCGUGAUGAAGGGGCUAAAGCUGAUAGACAACCUGAAUUUACACAAGUGGACAUUGAAAUGUCCUUCACAUCAGCAGAUAGGAUUAAAUCCUUAGUUGAGGGACUCCUUCAGUAUUCCUGGCCUAAAGAGGCAAGCAAUCUAUCCACGCCUUUUCCUAAGCUCACAUAUAAAGAAGCCAUGGAAAUGUAUGGGACAGACAAGCCUGAUACUAGGUUUGACAUGAAAAUUAUAGAUGUCACAGAUAUUUUCAAGAAUCAGAAUAUUGAAAUUUUUGACAAAGUGUUAAUGAACAAAGAAAAUUCCAGUAUAAAAGCUAUUGUCAUUCCCAAGGGUGCACUUCACAUUAACAAAUCACUGUUAGAGAAGUUUGAAGAAAUUGGAAAAUGUUUGUAUUCAUUAGAGGGUUUGGUCAACAUUUUUGUGAAGGAAGACCUAAACUGGAAGUCAAUACUCUGUAAGCAUGUUUCUUUAGAACUUCAGCAGAAGCUAAAAAAAAACCUUGAACUCCAACCACACACACUUGUGUUGAUCAGUGCUGGUGAAACUAGAAACGUUUUACAACUUCUUGGUAAACUUCGUGUAGAAUGUGCUGCCUACCUGCAGUCAAAAGGAUUGAAUAUAUGGAAUCCAAAAGAUUUCAACUUUUUAUGGGUUGUGGACUUCCCCCUUUUUUUACCUAGUGAUGAAGGUGGACUUGAGCCAGCUCACCAUCCUUUCACUGCUCCUCAAGAACAAGAUACUCAUCUUGUGUAUUCAAAUCCAGCAGCUGUAAGGAGCCAGCAUUAUGACUUGGUUCUCAAUGGCCAAGAAAUAGCAGGAGGUUCCAUUAGAAUUCAUAGCUCAGAGCUUCAGAAAUAUGUACUGACAGAUAUUCUGAAAGAGGAUCUGACUGAACUUCAGCAUCUAAUUGAAGCACUUGAAAGUGGCUGUCCUCCUCAUGGAGGCAUUGCAAUUGGAUUGGACAGGCUUAUGUGUAUACUCAGUGGAGCCAGUAGUAUCCGUGAUGUAAUAGCAUUUCCCAAGUCCUUGGAUGGGAAGGAUUUGAUGUCAGGAGCUCCAGCUAAAAUAUCUGAUGAGCUAAAAAAGUUCUAUUUUAUACAAACACCACCUAGUAAUUAGUGUUAAUAAUGUUGUAAAGCUGUGACAUUUUCAUUUUUUUAUCCUUUAAUAAAGUAGUAUCUAUUGGAGUGAUA